CAACACAUACGAGCUCGAGUUAUUUGUCUUGGUUGUUCACGAUGAGCUUCGGCUUUGGUGUCGGUGAUUUCCUUGCUACUUUGCAACUCGCCGAUGACUUGAAAAAGCGGUUCGCCCAGGCACCGAGUGGGUUCAAAGCUAUCUCUGGAGAUGUAAAAAGCCUAUGGGCGCUUCUUCAUGACCUCAAUGAUGUUCCUGCGGAAGGGCUCAGUACGACCCAGAAAAUGGAACUGGAUAUAAUCGUCCAGCGAGGCCGUGAAGUCCUGUUGGAGAUCGAACACAAGUUGAGCAAAUACAAUGUGCUUGCGUUUGCAAGUUCGGACUGGAAGACAAAGGCUGUCCGAGCAUGGAGUCGAGUGAAAUGGGACCCUGCAGAAGUGGACAGCAUGCGAAGCCGCAUCACUUACUGUCUCUCGCUGUGGAAUUUGGUAAUGGGCAAAAUCAAUCAACAUUCAAUCCAUGAAAGGCCACCACGACAUGCAGCAGCGCAAUGAAACGCUUGCAUGGAUAUGUCCUAUUGACGCCUCGGAGCGACAUCACAAAAUCAUCAGCUCUCGACACGAGGAAACGGGUAAAUGGUUUCUGGAAAGUGAAGAGUUCCGUUCUUGGAUCUCUGAUGAGAAGAGCAAGGCACUUCUAUGCACCGGGGCUCCUGGUGCAGGCAAGACGGUACUUUCUUCGAUCGCAGUCGACCACCUUCAGCG